AGCCCGGCCUUGGCGGUGGAAGCCUUCCGCUUCAAGGACUCGCUGGGUGAGGACCUGCGGAGGGCGGACCUGGUCAUCAGCCACGCAGGUGCAGGUAGCUGUCUGGAGACUCUAGAGAAAGGAAAACCACUAAUAGUAGUAAUAAAUGAAAAGCUGAUGAACAACCAUCAGCUUGAACUGGCAAAACAGCUCGAUAGAGAUGGGCACGUCUUCUGCUGUAAUUGCAGCACUCUUGUGGAGACGCUGCAGUUGAUGGACUUGUCAACUUUGAAACCUUUUCCUCCUGGACAGCCAGAAAAGUUUGCUUCGUUCUUGGAUAAAGUUGUUGGGUUUCAAUAA